AUCCAUCGGUUCCUCCAACCGUCCACACUCACCUCCACUCCACUCAGCUCCUCAGUUUGUGCCAUAUCACUGAUAAUUCCCUCUUUCUUUCCCGCAUCCAUGGCUCGGGAGUUUCUGUACCCCCAUAGCCGGGGUAUCAAGCCCCGAUCAGCGGGUGGUGGAAGCGUUUCUACCGAGCUGGGCCCUUCUUACCAAUUCUCCGCAGCUAGACAGCCUGUGGGGACAUCACAAGCUCGCAGACAAUCCCUGAUGUAUCAGCGGAUGGUACCAGCAGACCCCUACUUCAACACCAACGUCUUUGGUGGCAACAGCCAUCAGCAUGAUGCAAGCUAUGGAAUGGUUGAAAGAGGGCACAACACAAUCGCAGCACACAGUCCGAGUGCAUAUGAUGGCAGCUUCUUUGAAACACACCCAUCAUCCUUCUUCCAAGAGUCGCAGAGUCUUGAUCCAGAAAGUAUCAGCAUCGCGGAAUUCCUCCCACCAUCGUCGACCAACCCCGUGUAUAACUCGAGGGACCCCCAGAUUGACACCAAGGAAACACAACCGAGACUCCGCUGUGAGUGGAAGGACUGCACCUAUAAGAAUGGCUUCAAUCGGCCUGCAGACCUGUUGAGACACGUCAAAACCAUGCAUGUAACGCCCCAGUCCUUCAAGUGUGACUUCCCAGGCUGUAAGAGGACAUUCAGCCGGAAGGACAACUUGAGGGGACAUCAACUGCACGUGCAUCACCGUAUGGAGAGACCUUGAGCGACGCAGUGCAUAAGCCUUCCAUUGCCUGAGAGCUUCCCUUUCUACCUUUUCUUGGUUGACCUCCAUUUCGUCCUCGAUUCCC